UUUUAUAAACCCAAACUCAUAUAUUAUUUUGCCGCCAUUUUCAGCAACAGUCCAUUCAACGGAAGGAUCUCCGAUCGAGUAACGAAGUAAAAGUAUCGCUCCUCUCACUGUAAGAUACCAAAAAUGUCUUCAAUUUCCAACUUCAAAAUAACCAACCUUUUCUUUUUCACCUAUGGCCACCUUCCCUUUCUAUGAAUUUUGCCUUUUUUGCUUUUCAAUUUCAUUUGGGUAGGUCAACUUUUAUUUUCAACAUUUAUCAACACGGAACACCAUUCACACACCUUCUCAAUUUUUUUCCUAGUUAUUUAAAUGUUUUUGUUUUGGGAUGAUUUUUGAAUUGUAUGCAAAGUGUUUGAUAAAAUGCAUUUGAUAGAUUAAGUUAGUACUAGUUUUGAAACUUUUAUUGAGAGCUUGAAAUUCUUAGAUGUAAUUUGUUAAUGAUAUAAUGUUGAUACUUUUGUAAUACUUUCCAUUCUUUCUGUAAAAUAUACUCAAGAUUGUUGUGAAUUUAGUUAAACACUACCACUAUAUCUAUAGGUGGUCAUAUUAGUUUAUUUAUAUAUUCUCUUUCUAUGACAUGUCUGGUAGUGCCAUUAAUUUUGUAUUUUUAGCUUGCUCAUAACUGUUAAGACUUUUUUGCUAUUGAACAAGUACUUGUUGGUUUGAAUGUUAAAAUAACAUAGUGUAUGAUAUGCAGUGUGUAUAUGUUUAUAAAGAAUAUGAUAUUAUAUGUUAUACAUUAAAAUAGCAUAUCAUGAUCUAGAUCAAAUAUAACUAAAAUGUGAUUAUUUUAAUGUAAUGAUUUUGCUUGUUUAUCAGUGGGGUUUUCAAGUUUUAUUGUUUAUUGUUUUAGAGAGUUCUGACUUUGGUGAACUUUUUCUUAAUAGAAUAAGUGGUGGGUCAAACUGAGUAUCUGUGAUGUGGCAUUUGGGUGUUUUAGUAAGAACCCAUAUGAAAUUCUUAGCAAUUGGCUUAGUAGCCAAGCAUUGAGGUAGUCUUUGUAAAACAUGGCCAUGAAUUGAGGCAAAUGCAUAUACUCUAGAUUAUGAGUCUUCUAGUUGUGGCGGCCAGCAAGAUUUGAAAAUUUCUUUUGAAAAAUGGCAUGUGAGGACAGGUGUUUUUGGGCUCUUAAAUCAUCUUAGUCAAGUGUACUUACCAGUGAUCUUCUCUGGCAAUGGAUUUUACUAGAAGAUCCCUUUUGCAUGCCAAUCAAGUAGUUAUCCGAUUCAUCUUUGUUUAUCCUUAAGAUUCACACAUUCAAUUGUCAGAAGAAAAAAAAUCAGACAUUUAGAAGAGCUGUCUGGAACUAUUUGGGAUGCUUUCUCAUAGUUUCACAUUUUCAAUGAUUCAAAGGCCAUAUUAAUACAAGCCUUAUCCAUAUGAAUGUGGCAGGGAAGCAACUUGAUUUAUGGGGAAAAGAUUCUAUAUCUUUGCUGGUGUAAUAGAGUUUGUUUGAUUUUUGAGUGUGGCUUUCCAUUUCUCAUUCUCUCCUGUACUUUUCUAUACUUGUACAGGUGUGUGAAAUAAAGGUUCCAUAAGUUAGAUGCGGUAGGAGUUUUUAAUGGGUUUGUAAGGGAUUGAAAGAACAAUACUCAUCUUGGUUGAGAGAAAUAUGAAUAUGAGUAGUGAUUAAUUGAAUCAUCACAUUGUACAUAUCUGUCAAAGAUUGCAUUUUUUGGGUGGUUUCAUUGAUGAUUUUAUUCACUUGCACUAGCCAGUUGUAGCCACUAACCAGUAAGGAACUAUAAGUUAUACUACUUUGAAAGGUUUGAUGGCUUCGUCAGUAAUAACAUCUGGGGCAUUGGUUUUACUGGAGGACUUGCAUCCAUCUUCACCGCACUUCAAGCAAGGGACUUCACUUAGAGUAACUGGAAAGCUACAAGAGUAUUCUGUAGAGACGGCCAUUGCCAUGGUUGUUGACGGAAGUGCCAAACUAAAGAUUAACACCGAACAUCUAAGGAACCUGAGUUUGAGAAUCGGCUCCUUCUACCAGUUUAUUGGGGAACUACUUAUCCAACCUGAUAAUGAGGCAAUCUUACAGGCGCGUGUUGGUAGGAACGUCGAUGGCAUUAACCUUGAUCUCUAUUGUCAGUCCUUACAGCUGCUAAGACAAUUCCAGGCUGAUCAUCAGUAGAAUUCAACAACUUGAUACAGUUCUAGUUUCGAAAGGCUCACAUGGGCUUUUCUUUUUCACACUGAUUAAGGUAUCAUAGUAACUUGACUUGAAUCAUAUUUGAAAUGCCGGUCAACCAAUGAUUUUUACCAUUGUUUUGACUAUUUCUUGAGACUAAAUUAUUGUAAAUAUAUGAUCUUGAUUGUGCUAGUCUGAAA